CUAAAGAUGUUUUUAACUUCUGUCUCUUUUCUAACUUCAACUGUCAAAACAAACGAAGUUAAUUCCCAAGAGGCAAGACUUCUAAAGAGACGUGUUCUUCCUGUUGAAUAAAGUUGUGUUUAUGUUGCUAGCCAUACGAAGGGUAAAUUAGUUUGGAUUACUGCUCACCCCGCAUAAUAAUAAUAAUAAUAUAGUGUGUAGUAAAAAUAUCGCUUAAUAUAAAAAUGGAUAGCAAAUACAGACGUAACGGACGCCUAAUAGAUAUAGUGGACGAGGAAUGGAAAGCUGAGCAACUCCCUGAUGAAGAUAUUUUAGUUCCUCUCGACGAGCUGCCAGAUCCUGAAGCAGAUAGUGCUGACUCUCAUUUAACUCUUAAAGAACAAAGCAUGCGGUGGCAGGAGAACUUUCCAGAACCCGUGAGCAGUAAUCAAAACUAGGAACACAUUAAUGUAAGGGAGCAACUACCUAAAUAUCUCAAUGGUAAUGUCAAACUAUUAACUACAAGGUGUAUUAUAAAAGAAACUGAAAAAAUAGCUAAAAAGACCCAUGGGGCCCUCACAAUUCUUAAACAAUUUGG